AUGAACGAAUUUUGCAAACGCCGACCUCCGACCUUCAAUGGAGAUACCAACCCCAUCGUAGCUGAAACAUGGCUGAAGGAAGUCAAGCUAAAAGGAGAAGCCCGUUAUUGGUGGGAUUUGAUGGAGGCAACCCAUACCAUAGCCACCAUGACCUUCGACGAGUUCGAGACCCUGUUUCUCGACAAGUACUUCCCCACUCCUCUUCGUUUGGUCAAGGAACAAGAGUUUCUAAAUCUGAAACAAGGAACGAUGAUCGUUACCCAAUACGCGGCCAAGUUCGAGGAACUGUCCCGCUACGCCCUAGCCGCCAUAACAACAGAGGACAAGAAAGCGAGAAGGUUUGAAUGGGGACUGACAACAGCUAGAAGGGUCGUGGUGGCGCAGGCUUUCCCCACUUAUACCGGUGUUGUGAAGUGUGCUCUUCGACUGGAGAGUCAGGAAAAUGACUUCAAAACCCGAUGGAGGAAAGCGACAGGCAACACUGGCAGACCUAUCCGAACUCAACCUUCCAACAACAACCGCGGACCCUACCCUACCAAACCCUUUACCCCGUCGCAAAACAACCAACCUUGGAAGACUGCUGCACCAGGACGUGGCGAACCGCAGAGGGGCGGCAAAAACAUAGCAACAGUUCAGUGCUUCAACUAUUAG